AUGGCCCCUGUGCUAAGCAAGGACGUGGCGGAUAUCGAGAGUAUCCUGGCUUUAAAUCCUCGAACACAGUCUCAUGCAACUCUGCGUUCCACUCUGGCCAAGAAAUUAGACAAGAAACAUUGGAAAAGAAAUCCUGAUAAGAACUGCUUUAAUUGCGAGAAGCUGGAGAAUAAUUUUGAUGACAUCAAGCACACGACUCUUGGUGAGCGAGGAGCUCUCCGAGAAGCAAUGAGAUGCCUGAAAUGUGCAGAUGCCCCCUGUCAGAAGAGCUGUCCAACAAAUCUAGAUAUCAAAUCUUUCAUCACAAGUAUCUCAAACAAGAACUAUUAUGGAGCUGCUAGGAUGAUUUUUUCUGACAACCCACUUGGUCUGACCUGUGGAAUGGUAUGCCCCACCUCUGAUCUUUGUGUAGGUGGAUGUAAUUUGUAUGCCACUGAAGAGGGACCAAUUAAUAUUGGUGGAUUGCAGCAAUAUGCUACUGAGGUGUUCAAAGCAAUGAAUAUCCCACAAAUCAGAAAUCCUUCUCUGCCUCCCCCAGAAAAAAUGCCUGAAGCCUAUUCGGCAAAGAUUGCUCUUUUGGGUGCUGGGCCUGCAAGUAUAAGUUGUGCUUCCUUCUUGGCUCGAUUAGGCUACAGUGACAUCACUAUAUUUGAAAAACAAGAAUAUGUUGGUGGUUUAAGUACUUCUGAAAUCCCUCAGUUCCGGCUACCAUAUGAUGUAGUAAAUUUUGAGAUUGAGCUUAUGAAGGACCUUGGUGUAAAGAUAAUUUGUGGUAAAAGCCUUUCAGUGAAUGACAUUACUCUUAGUACUUUGAAAGAAGACGGGUACAAAGCUGCUUUCAUUGGGAUAGGUUUGCCAGAACCCAAAAAGGAUCACAUCUUCCAAGGCCUGACCCAGGACCAGGGGUUUUACACUUCCAAAGACUUUCUGCCUCUUGUAGCCAAAAGCAGUAAAGCAGGAAUGUGCGCCUGUCACUCUCCAUUGCUGUCGAUACGGGGAGCCGUGAUUGUACUCGGAGCUGGAGACACGGCUUUCGACUGUGCAACAUCCGCUUUACGUUGUGGAGCCCGCCGAGUGUUCAUCGUCUUCAGAAAAGGCUUUGUUAAUAUAAGAGCUGUCCCUGAGGAGAUGGAGCUUGCUAGAGAAGAAAAAUGUGAAUUUUUGCCUUUCUUGUCUCCACGGAAGGUUAUAGUAAAAGGUGGGAGAAUUGUUGCUGUGCAAUUUAUUCGGACAGAGCAAGAUGAAACUGGAAAAUGGAAUGAAGAUGAAGAUCAGAUAGUCUGUCUGAAAGCCGAUGUGGUCAUCAGUGCCUUUGGCUCAGUUCUGAGUGAUCCUAAAGUGAAAGAAGCCUUGAGCCCUAUAAAAUUUAACAGAUGGGAUCUCCCAGAAGUAGAUCCAGAAACUAUGCAAACCAGUGAACCAUGGGUGUUUGCAGGUGGUGAUGUUGUUGGUAUAGCCAACACUACAGUGGAAUCCGUGAAUGAUGGAAAGCAAGCCUCUUGGUACAUUCACAGAUACAUACAGUCACAAUAUGGAGCUUCAGUUUCUGCUAAGCCUGAACUCCCCCUCUUUUAUACUCCCAUUGAUCUGGUGGACAUUAGUGUGGAAAUGGCUGGAUUGAAGUUUACAAAUCCUUUUGGUCUUGCCAGUGCAACUCCAACUACCAGUUCAUCAAUGAUUCGAAGAGCUUUUGAAGCUGGAUGGGCCUUUGCUCUGACCAAAACUUUCUCUCUUGAUAAGGAUAUAGUGACAAAUGUUUCACCCAGAAUCAUCCGGGGGACCACCUCCGGCCCCAUGUAUGGCCCUGGACAAAGCUCUUUCCUGAAUAUUGAGCUCAUCAGUGAAAAAACGGCUGCAUAUUGGUGUCAAAGUGUCACUGAACUAAAAGCCGACUUUCCAGACAAUAUUGUGAUUGCUAGCAUCAUGUGCAGUUACAACAGAAAUGACUGGAUGGAACUCUCCAGAAAGGCUGAGGCUUCUGGAGCAGAUGCCCUGGAAUUAAAUUUAUCGUGUCCGCAUGGCAUGGGAGAAAGAGGAAUGGGCCUGGCUUGUGGGCAGGAUCCAGAGCUGGUGCGGAACAUCUGUCGCUGGGUUAGGCAAGCUGUUCGGAUUCCUUUUUUUGCCAAGUUGACCCCAAAUGUCACUGAUAUUGUAAGCAUAGCUAGAGCUGCAAAGGAAGGUGGGGCAGAUGGUGUUACAGCCACCAACACUGUCUCGGGUCUCAUGGGAUUAAAAGCUGAUGGCACACCCUGGCCAGCAGUGGGCACCGGGAAGCGGACUACAUACGGAGGAGUGUCCGGCACAGCCAUCAGACCUAUUGCUUUGAGAGCUGUGACCACCAUUGCUCGUGCUUUGCCUGGAUUUCCCAUUUUGGCCACUGGUGGAAUUGACUCAGCUGAAAGUGGCCUUCAGUUUCUCCACAGUGGUGCUUCGGUGCUCCAGGUAUGCAGUGCUGUUCAAAAUCAGGACUUCACUAUCAUUCAAGACUACUGCACUGGCCUCAAAGCCUUGCUUUAUCUGAAAAGCAUUGAAGAACUACAGGACUGGGAUGGGCAGAGUCCAGCCACGAGGAGUCACCAGAAAGGGAAACCAGUUCCUUGUAUUGCUGAACUUGUGGGAAAGAAACUGCCAAGUUUCGGACCUUAUCUUGAGAAGCGCAAGAAAAUCAUAGCAGAGGAAAAGUUUAGACUGAAAGAAGAAAAUGCUACCUUUCCACCACUUGAGAGAAACCAUUUUAUCCCCAAAAAAACUAUUCCUUCUGUUAAGGAUGUGAUUGGAAAAGCUCUGCAGUACCUUGGAACAUAUGGUGAACUGAGCAACAGAGAGCAGGUUGUGGCUGUGAUCGAUGAAGAGAUGUGUAUCAACUGUGGCAAAUGCUACAUGACCUGUAAUGACUCUGGCUACCAGGCUAUCCAGUUUGAUCCUGAAACCCACCUGCCCACCAUUACUGACGCUUGUACCGGCUGUACCCUCUGUCUCUCCGUCUGCCCUAUUAUCGACUGCAUCAAAAUGGUUUCCAGGACAACACCUUACGAACCAAAGAGAGGCUUGCCCUUGGCUGUGAAUCCUGUGUGUUAA